AUGAACAACAUUGAUAAACCAGUGGAAGAGUUAGCUGACCCAACGGAUUUGGCACAAGUAGUCACCACCCCUAACGAGGAUGUUGAUAUGUUAGGCCCAUCAGUUCAGGCAAACGAACCAUCUGCUUCUAAAGGUCUUUCCGCCUUGACUGUUGCUGCUUUCUUAAACAACAGUCAGAUACCUCAAGCUGAGAAAGAUAUUUUUAUUACAAUGUUGCAAGCCAAAGGUUCGUCAAGGAAGUCGACUAACGGAGUUCCCAAGCAGAAAACCAUUGCAGAUAUCAGAGAAUCUCUUAAGAGUUUAGAUUCUGUCGAUGGGGAGGCUGAGAACAAAGUCAACAUGGAUACUUGGGCUAAACGGAUCCGUCAGAAGGUCGGAAAAGUUCAGCUCCAAGGUCAAGACGCCGUUGAUUUAUUAGGUGACCUUUUAAAAGGGCCUACAUCUAAUUGGUUUGCGGACAAAAUUGGAAAUGUUCCAAACUAUGAAGAUAACGACUUCGACUUCUUUGUUGACAUGAUUGUUGACAAAUACAGAUCGAAAGAUCACCCCAUUGACAAGAUGGAACGUAUUAAGAACCACCGAAUCCAGACUCCAGAGGAUGUAUUCAAGUUCGAACAAUACGUUUCAGCUUUAGGUGAAGGUUUCUUCACUGACGAUGCUGUUAAGUAUUUGUUUAUUUCAUGUCUUCCAGGAGAUUUGAAGUUGUAUGCAAAAUUGAAUGUCCCAAGUUCUGCUGAUGCAGCCUAUAGUUGGACACUUCCUCACUUAAAGACAAGAAAGGUCGAGAAGAGACCUCGUCCUGAAUCCUCUUACCAAGUCAAGAAGAAAACAAAAUUCAACAAAAUUAAUAAGAGAUGCUCCCAUUGUGGUAAGUUGGGGCAUGAGAACUCUAAUUGUUGGACUCUUCAUUCCAAAUCAGCCCAAAAUAGAUCUAGUGAUAAAGGAAACCAAUAA